CUCUCUUCCUCUGUGCUUAAGUUUCUCUCUCUCUCUCUCUCUGUCUCUCGCUGCUUCAGUUUUUCUCUCUCUCUGUCUCUCUCUGCUUCAGUUUCGUUGUCUCUUGAGGGAGUUGCAGCUCUUAUCUUUAGCUCCACAGUACCUCGUCUCCUCCAGGACUCCAGACAGGGCGACGCUCCGCUACCCCGACAGUAUGGAGAAUGGUCAGCAGUAUAGAAGUCAGUAUGGAUCCCCCCAGCACAUCCCAGCUCCCUCCUACCCCGUCCCCCCCGCGGCCUACGGCUUACAGGGAGGCGACAAGGGUGCAGCCUACCCCCCUCAGCCUGGCUUCCAGGGAGGUGACAGGGGUGCAGCCUACCCACCCCAGCCUGGCUUCCAGGGAGGUCCCCAAGCCGGCAUGUACCCACCACCUCCCCAAUACAGCACGGGCAUGGCACAACCUACAAACAUCCCUGGGGUAACCCAGGUUGUGGUGAUGCAGCAGCCGCUGCCUAGAGACGUACCCGGCCAGAUGACGUGUCCCCACUGUCAGGUCCAGGUUCUGACAGAGACCACACACAUCGCUGGGAGUCUCGCCUGGCUCAUCUGUGGAGUCCUCUUCUGCUUCCUGUGCAUGAUAUUCUCUUGGAUUCCGUUCUGUGUUGACUCCUGUAAGGACGUAGAACACCGCUGCCCCAACUGCAAGACAGUGAUCUACAUCCACAAACGCAUGUGAACAGACCAAGAUGAGACACCUGCCACAAAGUGAUCCACAGACACUUCUGCCACAAAGUGAUUCUUACCUAUAUUAAUCUAUUCCAGUAGUGUUGAUCCUCUUAGGGAAACUGCAAACCCAGUUUAAUGCACCAGGAUUGGAAAGACAAUGGGCUGACAUCACUACUGCAGUACCAGCUUUUCAUCUACUGGGAAUGUGUGACAGGAUAUUAUUAUAGUCAUCAUUUACUAUAUCGUAAACAUUCAUGAAAACUAAAUGUGCUUCUUGGUCUUAAUUUCAGGUUAAGGUUAGGUAUUAUGGUCAGCAGUGUGGUUAUAUUUGAUGACUUUGUGGCUGUGCCAGCUAGUGACCCCUCUACAGACCUGCCUCCUGGGUAAGAAUCAUGACAAGAAAUGCCAACCUUCCCCUAAUUAGGGGGAACAGGUUAAAGAGUAGACAGCCAUACAAAUGUACGUGCAAAGACCACGUUUAAUAGGUUUUAUACUAAUUGUAAUGAAGUUUUUCAAUUAAAACAGAACAUAUUGUACUUUCCAA